GAAGAUUCUAGAAAAUAUCGCAAAUUUUUAACAGAUCGGGAAAGACUGGUCGGUGAAGAAUUAUUACGUUGUAGUAUAUUAGAAAGUGGUUUAAGUACUGUAUGGCUCGAUAAUCUUAUGGAAGAAUGGGAAAAAACAUAUAAUCAAUUCAAUUUAAUGUGA